AUGCAUUCCGAACCGCCACGGAGGCGCUUCGCGCCCGAGCCGAUUGAGACAACGUAUAAAUCCCACCGUACGGCACCUCCGCCGGCCCAGGGCAUCCGCGUUGGUCCAAACCCCGAACUGACUCCGGAACCGUCGCCGCGUUCACUCUCCCCGGCGUCGGCAUAUCCUCGCAUCAGACGACGCUUUGCCCCCCAGUUGAUUGAAACAUCAAGAAGGAGUCACCGCGUGGGAGAUCCGGGUCCCGCAACACGCCCUACCGACAAGACCGACAUCACUCCCUAUACCAAUCACAUAUACACCGCAAAGGCCAGAUCCAAAAAAAGGCACGAUGGUGUCAUAGCCGAGGAGGAGACGCUGCAUCGCAAGCAGCCAACUCGGAGAGAAACCGAAGAGGAGGAGGUGAAGGAAUAUUUACUCGAACUCGCGGCAAAGGAGGCGGAGAGGCAGAUACAGGAAGACGCUCUCGCCGCGUUCCCCAACAGCCAUGCCCGUGAGGGUGGUGUCGCCCAUUUUUACUUCCGUGAUGGCUCGAGCAGCGAGGAGUCCCCAGGCAUGAGCCCGGCUGAAGACGAGCGUGGCAGGCGUCGCUUGCGAAGGAAAACGUCGAGCCUCGACUUGAAUUGGUGGCAGAGGCACAUGCAAGAGCAUGCAGAGAAGUUGGCUUACGAGAGGGAAGAUGCUGAGGAGGAAAUCAACAGGUUCGAGGACAUGGACAUGACAUCUGACUCCGAGCUGGACAAGAUGGACCUAACGGUACCACCCGAUGCAAUGUGGACCACAAGCCGACGUGCAUCGCUCGGAGACAGUCGAGAUUCUGCAAGUGAGCAGGCCGAGGCAAGGAAAUGGGCAGCCGCUAAGGAAAGCGAAGCCCUACAUGUAUUACGGGGCCCCGCCCCCGAAUCGACCACCAUCCACGACCAAUCUCAACUUCGUGCACAGCACCACCUACAACAUCAACCACUACAAAAGCAGCACGAGCAGCAGCAGGCACCGCCGCAGCAGCACCAGCAACCAGCAAAUGCGUCUGCCAUCCGUCGUCAGCACGAUCCCUUUGGCCGCCCCUUUGCUGCCCUCGGCAUACGGCCCGACGCUGCGCAUUUACAGCGCAUCCGCAAGUUUGUGUCGCCUCCAAUGCUGGGAAAGGAGCUCAACUUUCGCAAGUGCCCCUCGCCCAAGCAAACGAAGCUCGAGACAGACCACUCGUUUGUCCUCUCACAAAAUGCAAAACAGGAUCGGGACUUGUCGGGCAAAGGUGGCCUGUGGAGGGGCUACUGCUGCAGGUCGGAAUCCACCGGCGGCUACCUGGUCCCGGCGGAGCUGCACCCGCCAGCCAUGAUGGCGACGCCGCGGACGCCGGGAACUCCCAAGGAGUUAUUCGUGCACGAAGUCGACUGCGUCUUAGCAGUGACCGACGAACCCGCACAUCUCUGGGAUGCCGCCGCUGCUGCGGAGUCGGCCGGCGCCAGCGGCAACGGCAGCCUGCCCGGGACGUGCGCACCCGCCCCCGCCCCGGGGACAGCCGAGCGCCGGCUCCGCAGCGGCGCGCCCAAGGGCCUGCACAUGCUGCAUGGGCUCGAUGAGCGGCUGCAGCAGGAAAAGGCGCGCGCCGAGCGCGACGACAAGAUUGCGCUCGAAUUUGGCGACGAGUUCGUCACGCAGGUGUACAACUACCUGUCGCUGGGAUACCCGGCCAUGGCGCGCUCCUUUGACGAGGAGCUGGCCAAGAUUAGCCGCGUCAGCGUCGCGGAGCUGUGCCGUGACGACGACCAGCAGCUCGCCAAGGGCCACAUGCUCGAGAUGCGCCUCGACGACGAGACGCCCGAGGAGGCGCGCUGCCCGCGCUGGAGGGCCCUGCGCGUGUACAUUCUUGAGUGGGCAAGGCAGCACCCGGACCUCGACAACUUGAACCCCCUGGCGUGGGGCGUCCACGAGCGGCGAGGCAGCUGGGCCAUCUAA